UUAUAUAAUGGCAACAUCUUCGGCAUCGAAUUGGCUGCAUGUGGACAUCGAGGAAGACACCCCCAAACUCAGUUCGACUUUAUCCAGUUGCAUGACACUCAGUGACGUGCAAUGCGAUGGUUACGUGCGGCUUCUAGUAGCUGACAUUUCUCUAGAAGAUGACGAGGAGCCCAGUGCGAAGCUGAAAGUGUUUCGUGGAUUAACACUAAAGCAUGAGCAGCCGCUACCUGGCAUACCAACUGCAAUUGAAAGUCUCUAUACAGAUGAAACAGAACCUAAAACGCCGGUCAUUGCUGUGGCCAUUGCUGAUUCCGUGUUGUUCUAUAGGCAUUUAAAGCCCUUCUUUAAAUACACAAUACCAGCCACGGAUGCAGAUGAAUUGGAGUUGGAGGUGUGGCGCAAAUUACCUGUGAUGAAACCGGAGACUCAUGAAGGGCUGCUACAGUUGCUCAAGGAUGUGGACCAUGCCAAACUGUCGCGAAAAACGCAACGACUGCUGCAAUUAACGGAGGAAGAGCGUGCUGAAUUUAUCAGCACUCACAAGGAUUCGGUUGUGGGUCGAACCGGUAAUAUUGUGGCCAUGUGUUGUGUGAAGCGAGUUUCCAGCAACAUGAGUCCCCCUUCACAUUUGGUUCUGGGCACAGACACGGGCUACGUAUAUGUGCUGGAGCCGCAGGGCUUCAAUUUAAUAUAUCAAUCAACUAUUUGCAACUAUGAGACAGCUGUGCCAAGUCUUAUUUCGGUACAUGGCACCUACGAGGCAGACUUCUCUAUUGUGGUAGGCACGCGGAAUGGCGGAGUUUACCUGCUGCGCAAGUCCAGCACCGAGGGUCAGGAGAUUUUCAAGCUAUCCACCCCAUUGACUGGCCUGCUCCUACUGCCCAUUGAUCAGACAAUCGUUAUAACCACCAUGGAGCAUCGCUAUAUGUGCUGUUCGAAACGAGGCAAACAGCUUUAUCAGCUGCAUUUGGAAUCGGCGCCGGUCUGCAUUUUGCCCCUACCGCUAACCCACCUGGGCGUCACCCUGGUAGCCGUCGCCCUUCAAGGUGGAAAGGUGGCCUUCUAUUUGAAUCGCUAUAUGGUGGAUGAAUUCGUGGUCCCAGAGACUGUGGCGGGCAUGCUAUAUGGACGUAUGGGAAUGGAGGAUCAUGUGCUCACACUGAUCACGGAAAGUGGCGAAAUAAUCAUAAAGAUAUUGCGACGCAUAACACGAUUUGAGCCGGACACGUCCACAGCCGCACUAACAAAAAAAGGGUUGGCGGUGCCGCGAAAGAUUGGAGAUGCCACCAUACUGGACAAGUCAAAGAAGAGUUCCAUAUUCGUAGAGCAAGCGGCGCGAGAGAAACAACAGGCCAAAUCUAGCUACGGCAGCUUUCAGAUGGAGCUGUGGCGACUGCGCCACACAGCUGCGCGUGCCACAAUAGAUGCUAUUAACUCCUCAGAGAGCACCAUUUCAGGUGAUCUAACGCAUGCACCCGUAAAAGUAGCCGCCGAGGUGUGCGGAAGUGGACCCGCUUUUCGACUCUACCUCACCGUGCAGAAUCUGUCCACGUAUAAGAUGGCCUCAAAUCUUGCUAUACUUCUGCAUGCGGAUCGACGUCAUUAUACAAUACAACAGUCCGUGGCCAGGCUGCCCAGCGUUCUGCCUGGCAUACCACUGCGCGUAGACUUUGAGGUGAUGGCUGUGCUGGAUGCAAUGGACAAGCUGCCACCAGCGACUUUGACGCCCGACAAUUCUCAGAUUCGUGUUAUGCUGAUGAAGGCGGGUCAGUCGAAGCCACUUAUAGCUGCCGUCGUGGCCAUGCCACAAUCGGAAGCAGCAUUCUAAAUGUUGUUCUAUAAUUAAGUCAAUUGCAAUUUGUUAU